AUGGCGUUUAUCCGUGGUGAAACCUUGGAGAGCGCCUGGGACAAUCUGUCAAAAGCCCAGAUGACAGCCGUUUUCGAGGACCUUCAAACCCACUUGUCCAGUCUCCGCGCCCUUGAGCCCCCAAAACAGGAGCUGGUCUGCUCUGCACUACAGAAUCCAGCAUUCGACUGCCGCGUUGGAUUUCGGUUCUUUGGACCCGUGAGCCACGGCGACUUUCACUCACUUACGCGGGGGCAUUUGAUUAUGGAAGACGUCGAGCCAUUUCUUGGCCAUGAAGUAGCAAAGACGCACACGGCCAAGUAUGCAACUUACUUCACACAUGCGGAUCUAGCUCCGAGGAAUAUCAUGGUGCGGAACGGGCGUAUUGCUGCCAUCAUUGACUGGGGCUUUGCGGGAUGGUAUCCGGAGUAUUGGGAAUUUACAAAGGCGCACUAUAAUCUGUUUUUGGGUCAAGACCUCUGGGAGGAAUACAUGCGUGUCGUCUUGCCCAGCUAUGAGACGGAACUCGUAGCAGAGCGAACUCUCUGGAGGCGACUGCCAGAGCCGGGGACAAUUACUAGAUAUUCGUCGGCUGGCGAUAUCAGCAUAUUAAGCAAGGGUUCAUCUCCUUCGGCUGAAUGGUUGAAUACAAGAGCCGGUUUCACAUUAACAGACUUGUGGUCUCUUGCCUUGGCCCAAGGAAAAUAUGACCUUUCUGUUGUAACGUAG